AUGGCUUUGUUCCUGCUCAGAUGGAGAUGCCCUGAAAGACAGAAGAAUCCUUUGAUUCUUCUGAGAGAGAAGUGGAUAGCCACCUCCACCCAUCCUCACCCCUGUCCCCACCUCCACCCCUACCUCCGCCUGGGCCCCACCCCUAUCCCUCCCUAUCCUGCCCCUACUCCCUUAUCUCCCCCACCCCUGUGGCUGCCGCUAGUUGAAGUCGUUCAUUGUUCUUCUUUCUUCCCCGUUUUACAGAGGAAGUCUGUGCUUGUGGUGAGCUUCAUAGCCCUGUGCCUCUUGCUGCUAGCCCUGCGCCUCAUCAAUGACAUGAAUUUCCCUUUGCUACUGAACUGCUUUGGACCACCUGAGACAAAAUGGACCCCAUUGUCCUACACAUUCAGGCAGCCUCUGCGAACUCACUACGGGUACAUAAACGUGAGGACCCAAGAGCCUUUGCAGCUGGACUGUGGCCAUUGUGCCAUAGUGUCAAAUUCAGGCCAGAUGGCUGGGCAGAAGGUGGGUGAGGAGAUAGACCACUCUUCCUGCAUCUGGAGAAUGAACAACGCCCCCACCAAGGGUUUUGAGGAAGACGUUGGCCACGUGACGAUGGUUCGAGUUGUAUCACAUACCAGCGUUCCUCUUUUGCUAAAAAACCCUGACUACUUUUUCAAGGAGGCAAGUGCCACCAUUUAUGUUAUCUGGGGCCCUUUCCGCAACAUGAGGAAGGAUGGGAACGGUGUUGUUUACAACAUGUUAAAAAAGACAGUUGAGCAGUACCCCAGUGCGCAGAUUUACGUGACCACGGAGCAGCGGAUGAGUUACUGUGACGGAGUGUUUAAGGAGGAAACUGGGAAAGACAGAGUCCAGUCUGGCUCCUAUCUCAGCACCGGGUGGUUUACCUUCAUCCUGGCCAUGGAUGCCUGUUACAGUAUCCACGUCUACGGGAUGAUAAAUGACACCUACUGCAAGACAGAAGGGUAUAGGAAAGUCCCCUAUCAUUACUAUGAACAAGGAAAGGAUGAGUGCAACGAGUAUCUUGUCCAUGAGCACGCCCCCCAUGGAGGACACAGGUUCAUCACGGAGAAGAAAGUGUUCGCCAAGUGGGCUGAGAAGCACAGAAUAAUAUUCACACACCCAAACUGGACAGUGUCCUGA